AUGGUAUACCGUCGUCUAGUGAACGCUGCAGUACACAAUAAAUGCAGGAUAGGCAGUCAUGCGUAUAUCUCUCUCUACGCACGCCUCUUAACAUCCCGCUCUGCCCCUACACAGAUCUCUAGAUGGACCUUUUCAGCAGGUAUUUCUCUACAGCAAAGACGCCUUUUUAGCACUCAAGGGAAUCAUAACAAUCCUGGAGAUGAUGAUUAUGUGUUUGAUGCUUCCCUCUCUGUACAAAAGGAAGCGGCCGUACAAACAGCGAAGAAAACACUGGAUGUGAUUAUACGUGAAUUACUACCAGAAAAUGCCCCUGCAGAGGCCGUACAAAAGGUACGAGUGUAUCUUCAACAACACCCAAUGGAUACACUUAUUACACAGCCAAAAGUACAAAUCACACACGUAGAGGAUCCAGAUUCCGGUACAGAAACGAAAAUAUCACUUAGUCCAUGUGAACUGGCAGAGGCAUUACAACAAGCAAAAGAACGUUCCAUGAAUCUCGUACAAAUGGGAACUCGCGGGGAUAUUGCGUAUUGCCGUAUUCGCAAUGAAACACCACGUAUAUUAGGUCUUGUUAGUGAAGAGUUAGAGGCACUACGUCAACAACAGGAACAACAACAACAACAAUCAUCUUCAAGAGGUUCUGGACGUGGAAAAGAUCAAGGUGUGCGUGAACUCAUUGACCAUACCUUUCGUGAUGUAGUGGAUGCACACUUUGUGGGAUGGCGUAGUCAAAAGAUCGUGCAGGAUCUUCGCCGUCGUCAUCCUGUGCGAUUAUCGAUUAAAGAGUUCCAAUCACCCGAUACGGCACUUGCAAAGAUGAGAGAAAUGUGUGAUGCCGUACGGCGAAACGCAGAGUCGGCGGGUGUGGCGCAUCACUACACCAGUCUUGUGGCCACAGACCGGGAAGUCUCCAUCACACUCGCGCCAAAUGUUCAAACGCCUCCAUCAUCUCCAUCAACAACACCAACAGCUAAAUCAUCAUCAAAGUCUUCUUCUUCAUCUUCACAGUCAUCAUCAUCAUCUUCAUCGAUUGUGCGGCAUCCCGGCGAGCGUGAAUGGUCGCAGGCGGCGGCCCGCAUGUUGGCGGCAUGUCGUAAGAGUGGGCGGCACGGCACAUAUGUGCGUAAUGCCGCGUUAAAGCCGCGCUCACUCGGGCAGACACUCUUCCGUGUUGAUAAAUACGGCAGGAAGAUUGAAUAA